AUGGCAGAUUUGCCGCUAUUCUGCACAUACUGUGGACGAGGCUUUAGUCGACACGAGCAUCUCCAGCGCCAUAUCUUCACGCGUAAGCUUCUGGCCGAUGUCACUCCCAUUCACAUGAUCUUGCGGCUAAUGCUUGCUGGAACAGACACCAAUGUCCGCCCUUUCGAAUGCCAUGUCUGCAAAUUGACAUUCACAAGGAAUGAUCUCUUAAGAAAACACUCCAUGGUCCAUCAGGCUGGCGCUAGAGAUAAAGAUAAAGCAAAUGUCGGUUCAAAAACACCAUCCGAAUUGAGACUACGAAAUGGUCCCGCUUGCGUCAACUGUGCCAAAACAAAGAUCAAGUGUGACGUUGUACCCGCGUCGACCGGCCCAAAUGGCACCACGACCACGACCACCACGAAACCCGGUUCAGACGCGCCAGAUCAUCUGUCAAAUCAGCACCAAGCCGAUAGCGAGCCUGCGGAUUCCAACGACGCGCUCAGCGCCUCGGGAAGUGACAACCAGGGCGAGAUGAGCACAAUACCAACAGAAUCUCACUCCCCUCCACAGCCUGCGACCCAUGACAUGGCCGACCAGAGUGCAGGCUCUAAAGACCAAGCACUCAUCUCCCGCAGUACUAUGAAGCAGCAAAUGGAAGAUCCUGAUGAUUCAUUCAUGCAUAGCCUGACGAUAGCCGACCCCCAGGUGCCACUCGACUUGAUGGACAUUGACUCAAGUCUACAGAUGGACCCACAGAACAACCUAUCUGGAGGCUACACCAUGUUUACACUACACGCGAACGAGGAUUGGGAAUCGUUGAUGGGCAUGUUUGGCUCAAUACCAGACAGUCCACAUCUCUUGUCGACGCACUCGAAUACCACAGCAAAGCAAGAUUCUUUCUCAAAACAACAGUCCAAGGAGCCUAAGUUACAACAGCAGGGUAAUCAUUACUCGGACCAUACUUCCGUGAAGGACCAGCAUGAUCCUUCUACCACCAUGUUUACGCGUUGGGCCGACUCGCAGCCCUUCGUGCCUUCCUACCUUCCAGUGGCGAAAACACAGGUCGAGUCGGGUUCCUCUGAGCUACCGGAACAAUCCUUAGCAGCCACUCACAAACAUGCUCACGAAAGCCCCGACAAGCCGUCGACCAUGGCAUGGCCGGCAGCAGGCCUGUCAGUCCCAACCACGUCCCCACUCGUUUUAAGCCCAGCCCAAGACUCGCCAAUCGAUAAUAGGACUACUGUCGAUUUUCCGAAAGACGUCCAUCACUGGACCAUGCUACAAUGCUGCCCAUUCGACUUGUCGAUUGCCCCAACAAGGGCGAAAGAUAAUCUGGUUUACCUCGAGCGACUCUCGAAAAAUGGAGACUCCUGGCAUGGGGCGGACGGAGCUCCUGAUGGGCAAGCAUUUGAUAUGACUGACGAUUUUCAGAGAACUCCAGUGUCCUUGAUGACUCGAGAGAAGAUGUCUGCUAUCAUUCAAAGCUUUUUUCGAAGAGCCCUAGACAUGCAUGGCUUUGGUUAUACUCCGCGUACCUUUGCUUCGCAGACUGCUGGUGGAUGGUUUACAUCUUCAACUUUUAUUCUUUUACCACCUCCAGCAAGCAUCGAACGAUUUUUGUACAACUAUGUCCAGUUUACUGAUCCCUUUUACCCGCUCAUUCCGGCGAGACAUUUCGAUCCGAAUCAACUCGUUGAUGACGAGAACGAGCAAGCAGCAACGCUGAUGUUGCUGUUGAUGAUAGCGUCUGGCGCCAUGAUGGAUUCGGCGAGCAGGUCCAUACGCUUUGCCGCUGGACUUACCGAGGUCUCGCGGAUCGCACUCUCUGACAUUCUGGAGAAGCAUAAUAGUUUGUCCACCAGCGAGCUGAUCCUCAAAUGCGCCCUGCUAUUCAUCGUUCAAGCCGCUUGGAGCGGAGAUAAGUGGCAGAUGGACAUCGGGGAAGGCCAUCGAUCAAUGUACAUUGCGAUGUUGCGGAACUCUCGGUAUCUCGCACAGCAAACCGUGGCAACGCCAACGGGUGUGACCGAACAGGACCUGGACGCGCUUUGGAAGGCGUGGAUAAAAUUCGAGAGCCGGAAUAGACUUGCUUAUGAUUGGGUUCUAGCCGACCAGGAAUUGUGCCUUUUUCACGGGCACCCAACCAAGUUCUCCGUCGCUGAACUGGAAGCACCACUUCCUGAUAAAGACGAGCUGUGGCUAGCACGUAAUUCAGAGGAGUGGAAACAAGUCCUUGACCACGAGGAUGGAGUUAUCCAGACUUGCUCUGAAGCUCUCUCUCAACGCCCCAAGCAUUCUCUUCGACUUCUAUUCCAGCUCUUCCUCGACAAUGACCUUAAUCAAUCUGGCCUGGCCAUAACGCCGCUACGACUCCGGCUUCUGCUGUAUCCGAUACAAACGCUUAUUCAACAAUAUUGUCAACUUCUGAACAUCUUUUCCGACUCGGGAAUUUCAGUUACGGUUUCCAAGACUAUGACCCGAACAUCAUCCCUUAUCCGAGUUGAGGAGAUUCAGAAUCUCCUACAGAGGUGGUGGUCUCUCACGGAAAUGUGCGUGCCAGUUGGUGGAAGGCAACAACGCAUGACGGAAGCUAACUACAUCCUAUACCACCUCAUCAGCCUUGACGUUCAUACUUCGUUCAAAGAAAUGGAAGCAUUUGCCAGAGGAUGUCGGCCAGACUGGACCUCUUCCCGGACCCCAUACACAGCGGAACGAUGGAUCUACGCAGUCCCUGAGGCGCUUUUCCACUGUGGCCAGAUUUUACGACUGGUUCGUGAUAUGCCUCCUAAUGCACGCCCUGUUUGGUGGGCUGCGGCAAUAUACCGGGUCACUAUUGUUCUAUGGAUCUAUAGUCUUUCUUAUACGUUCGGGCCUUCCCAGCCUGCCCAGCCGCAUCCUGGUUUAGACUCGAUCAAACAGCAAGAGCCAAUCCAAAUCGACCAAGUCUUGUCCAAAGACCCCCGCACGAUACAGUUCCUCAAAUACAACAGAGGAGAUCCUCGUUUAACCAAGUCGGAUGGAACAUCGGCAAAAUUCGACAGUCCUUCUACGGUUCUAGCGCUGUGUAUCGCCGCCGUCGACGGCGGACCGGGCAGCUCGUGGUUUGCAACUGGCGUCAAACAGAAACUGGAACACUUGGCCAAAUUAUGGCACUAA